AUGCCCGUCGCCGCCGGCCCAGGAAAAGAAGCCAAACCCGCUGAUCACGUUUCCGACAAGGAAUUCUACUGCGACGCCUGUAUCGAAACCGCCAACGAAACCCGUAUCCCCACAAACGUCAGCUCAAUGGAAGCGAAUCGUCUAAGGGUGUCUAUGCGCAAACAGCAGGUGAUGAGCAGGGGGAAAGAGACAAACUUCCGGAAAUGCCAUAUAGCUAUGGUGCUUAGCUCUGUAUCGGUUACUAGCAAAGGGACGUUGCUGCAGGGUUGUAAACCGAGGAAGGAGGCGCAUGUGAGGAAUUGUGUGCCGCAGGUUGGGGAAUUCUUCUUUGAGUGUUUGGAGGAGGAGGAUGAUGAUGAGGAGGUUAGUGAGGAUGAGGCGGAGGAGGCUGACAAGGGGCCGCCUCAUAUGAAGAUGUCAUCGCAGGCUGUACCGAUACCUGUUUCAGCGCCACAGGCUGUGAAGAAGACGGGUGCGGUUGGCGAGAAGGAGACGCAGGGUGCGAAGCGCGAGCGGGAUGAGGGUGAUGCACAGGAUGGCCGUCAGGGAGUGAAGCGGCAGAAGAUUGUGCCGAAGGGUACAUUGUCUAAGCCUACGGGUGCCGGGAAGCCGCCAGCACCUCAGCGGAAAGCGGGAGAGAAGUGGAUAUAG